GCGUGUGUCAUCGAUUCGUAUGUUGUCACACGUGUCAACACCUCACUGUGCUUCCCCUCUUCUUUUAUCCCAUCACCGCCCUCCGUUUCUCUCUCCCUCUCCGUGUUUCUCUGCUAGUUGUUGCGUUUGUUGGCGGUUUUGCCCUCGCGAUUCGCACGCGCACGGGGGCCGGUUUGGUGAAUGCGUGGGUUAUGAAGGCAACGGAGGACGAAGAUCUCCGGCGAGUCGAGUUGCUAUCCGAGCUCGACCUAGAGUCGACGAGUUCCGGCCUGUCGUCCAUGCUCGGGACUUCGGAGGACGCCCCGAGCACCACCAGCCUCAGCGACAUCUCCGCGACCAGCAGCAGCUCCGGAGAGAUUCCCGCAGCCGCGGUGGCGGAGGCCGUCGUGCCGAGGCCUCUGGACCCCGCGCCCUCCGGCGAUGCCGUCGGCAGCGUGGGAGCUGUUGCGAGGCAUAAGUGCGUCGGGAAGAGCAACCGCAACGUGACUUGGGGAUUCACCUCGGUGAUAGGGAGGCGGCGUGAGAUGGAGGACGCCGUCGCCGUCGUCCCCGGCUUCAUGCUCCGCUCGUGCGAUCGCGUUGGCGGCUGCACGGCGCCUCUCUCUCGAGCCUCGGCGGAGAUCUCGCCCGUCCAUUUCUUCGGCGUCUACGACGGUCACGGCGGUUCUCAGGUGGCUCAAUUUUGUGCUGAGCGGAUGCAUAAUGUGGUACAGGAAGAGUGGGAUAGGGAAACAAUUGAUGGAUAUGAAUGGCGGAAGCGGUGGGAAUUGGCAUUCUCUACAAGUUUUGAUAGGGUCGAUAAUGAGGUUUCGAUGCAGUCAGUAGCACCAGAAAUGGUUGGAUCAACUGCUGCUGUGGUAGUUCUUUCUGGUUGCCAAAUAAUUACAUCCAAUUGUGGUGACUCAAGGGCAAUACUUUGCCGAGGGACUCAAACAAUUCCCUUAACCAUUGAUCAGAAGCCUGAUAGAGAAGACGAACUCAUGAGAAUUGAAGGAGAGGGUGGGAAAGUCAUAAACUGGAAUGGUGCUAGGGUGUUUGGAGUUCUUGCCAUGUCCAGAGCCAUAGGUGAUCGGUAUUUGAGGCCAUGGAUUAUUCCUGUGCCAGAGAUAACUUUCACAACAAGGAGUGGCGAGGAUGAGUGCUUGAUAUUGGCUAGUGAUGGGCUCUGGGAUGUUAUGACAAAUGAUGAGGUUGGGGAGUUUGCUUGCCGUAUGCUAAGACGGCGGCGGAGGUCCUCGAUGGUUGAUGAGAUUUCUCCAGCGCAAGCCGUUGCUGAUAAUCUCACUGAAAUAGCAUUUGCAAGAAACAGUUCUGACAAUAUUUCUAUAAUUGUUGUUGAUCUGAAAUCAAGAAAGCGGCAUCAGCAUAGGCAGUGACACUGAGAGGAAUAACUCUCCCCCUUUCCUUCCAGAAAUCCAAUUUUAUCUCCCCUUCUGAAGUUUAUGGACAAUGAAGUCUGAACAAUCAAUCUAGGAAUGGUCCAACAAUUGUAUCAUAUGAUCCAAUCCAGUCGAUGGUGGUAAACUUCAGCUGCUAUCCCGAACAUGUACAAAGCCAACUGGUUAUAGAUUGCUGCUUUGUAACAAGCGGAAUCAGUUUCUUAUGGUAAAACACUGGCCCAAUCUUUAAUUUUAAUUUGUUUGAUCAAGAAA